CAGAGAACUGGACAGACACCCGUGAGACACUGCUGGAGGGGAUGCUCUUCAGCCUCAAGUACAUGGGCAUGACACUAGUGGAGCAGCCCAAGGGAGAGGAGCUCUCUGCAGCUGCUGUCAAAAGGAUCGUCGCUACCGCAAAAGCAAGUGGAAAGAAGCUGCAGAAGGUGACUCUGAAAGUCUCACCCAGGGGGAUCGUGUUAAACGACAGUGGAACCAACGAGCUGAUCGAGAACAUCUCCAUAUACAGGAUAUCCUACUGCACGGCAGACAAGACCCACGAUAAAGUGUUUGCCUACAUUGCCCAGAACCAGCUCAAUGAGAACCUGGAGUGCCAUGCCUUCCUCUGUACCAAACGGAAAAUGGCACAAGCUGUCACCCUCACUGUAGCCCAGGCCUUCAAAAUUGCUUUUGAGUUAUGGCAAGCAGCUAAGGAAGAGAAGGAGAAGCGGGAAAGGUCCAUCUUGGAAGGAGAAGGGACAAGCAGCUCCAGCUCAGAUGCCCCUGCCCAUCCUGACACACCAGCAGCCACGGGCAACUUGCUGGAUUUAGAAGAUCCUGCCAAAUCACCCCUGUCCAGCAGCACAAACUCCCCACAGUUGGACAACAACAUGUUUGGGCCCAGCUCCUCUGUAAAUAACAACGUGGUGUGGGAAAUGGAUGAUGGUCUCGACGAGGCUUUUUCAAGACUGGCUCAGUCAAGAACAAACCCUCAUGUCCUCGACACGGGUCUGACUGCUCAAGACAUCCAGAGUGCAGAAUCGUUCUCACCUGUAGACUGGAAUAAAAUAGAUUCCAACACAGGGGAGAAAGAUGAUCUCUUCAUGUUUUGA